AUGUCAAAUGUUGUGAGAUUGCGGAGCUCGAACAACGAAGUGUUCGAAGCAGCCGAGUGCAUGAUAGCCAUGUCCAAAACCAUUCAGACAAUGCUAAAUAGGUUCCAAGACGACCAAGUGGUGAUACUUCCACUGGAACAAGUGGAUUCCAAAACCCUAGCCAUGGUAAGAGAGUGGUGUGACAAUCACGUCACGAAGAGCACCCUAAAACAGUACCAAUUUGUGGAGGGACUCGAUAUAGACGUUCUCUUGCAUCUCCUGAUAACUGCAAACUAUCUGGACAUCAAGGAGUUGGGGAAUCAUAUGCGCGAAGCGAUUGCGGAGAGGGCUCAAAGGAAAGCACUUGAAGAGAUCGAUCCCAGAAGUUUUCAUACUGCAGUUUUUUUGAAAGGAUGA